AGCAAACAGCUGAUAAGCGACAUGCUUUCUGCUUCCUCUUGUUUCUGAGGUAUCCAAACAAUUCCCAAACGUGUUAAAUAAAAACGCAUAUUUUCAGAAGUAGCACGAAGAUUAUUAUGCAUACACAUAACCAGUUUAAGACCCCCUCUGAUGAAGACGAACUCGAUGAUCUGGACGAGGACAUGGUGGUGGGAGUCAUAGCGGAGAUCGAGCAGGAGGUGCUGAACGAGUCGGACAGCGACAAUGACGAAUACGAUCUGGGGUACAUGGGUGCUCCGGUGCCGGAAAACGAUGGCGACAGCAGUAACGAUGGCAACGAGAGUAUCAGCAGCGACGACAGUUUCGAUCCCAAUGCAGCGGACUCGGACUCAGAUGAUUCGAUGCAGGAGGACGCGGCUAGUGGCACCGCUGGAGGAGCCACGAGCGCCAAGCGUCGCAAGGACGACGAUGCCCCGUCGGGCACCAAAAGGGAAUCAGAGGCCACCUUCGACCUCGACGAUGAGGACGAAACAGACGAGACGGUACGUGCCAUUAUAGCAGCCAUAAAGAAACCGCGCAGUGCCCCACCAGAGAUCAAACUUGAGGACUUCAUUACGGACAUCUGCUUUCAUCCGAAUCGCGACAUCAUCGCUCUGGCCACCAUCAUCGGAGAUGUCCAUCUGUACGAGUACGACAACGAGGCCAACAAGUUGCUGCGCACCAUUGAGGUUCAUUCCAAGGCCUGUCGCGACGUGGAGUUCACCGAAGAUGGACGAUACCUGAUCACCUGCUCCAAGGACAAGUGCGUAAUGGUCACCGACAUGGAAACGGAGAAGCUGAAAAAGCUGUACGAAACAGCCCACGAUGAUGCCAUCAACACGCUGCACGUGCUUGAUGAAAAUCUAUUCGCCACUGGUGAUGAUGCGGGGACGGUCAAGUUGUGGGAUCUGCGCACCAAGAACUCCAUUUUCGAGCUUAAGGAGUUGGAGGAUCAGAUUACCCAACUGAUAACCAAUGACCAGAACAAGCUGCUACUGGCCACCAGCGCCGAUGGCUAUCUGACCACAUUUAAUAUUGGUGCGCGGAAAAUGUAUGUGCAAUCGGAGCCGUACGAGGAGGAGCUGAGCUGCAUGGGAAUCUAUCGUAGCGACUCUAAGCUAGUGGUGGGCACCUCCAAGGGUCGCUUGUACACCUACAACUGGGGCCAGUUUGGCUACCACUGCGACAUGUAUCCGGGAAUCAAGAGCCCCAUUAGCCUAAUGAUUCCCAUCACGGACAGGAUUGCCUGCGUCGCCGGGGAGGAUGGAAACAUUCGGGCUUGUCACAUAGCUCCCUAUCGUAAUCUCGGCGUGGUGGGACAGCACAACAUGCCCAUUGAGUCGCUGGACGUGAACACCAACGGCGAGCUCCUUGCCUCCUCCUCGCACAACAACGACGUCCGAUUCUGGAACGUGAAGUAUUUCGAGGACUUUGGGGACAUUAAGUAUAACGAAAAGCACAAUGCAUACAAGGAGAAGCGUCACAAUCUGCCCUCCUCCAAAUGCACUAACACAUCGGACUUUUUCGCCGACCUGACCAAAGAGGAUGCCGAUGAUGAUGAUCCAGGUGCUGGACCCAGUAACACCGCCUAGAAUAAAAUGUUUGCUAGCAAAGAUUAAUUCAAUGGGUGGGUCGAUUUAAAAUGAUACAAAUUUAAGGACUACUUUUACCUGUUAACAUCAUUUAAAGGCAACACUUUAAAACUUUUAAACCGAACCAUAGCUAUACGCCGGGAUAAAAUAGACAUAUAGAGAUUUAAAACAAUUAUUUUGUUUUAAAAGUAUUACACAUUUAUGAAAAUUGUGCAUUCACAUGAAUUCUUUUAUAGGAAAAUAUAAAUAAAAAACUUUUAGAAUGUUUAAAACUAUAUCUUCGCCGCAAGACUUUUUUAUAAAAAAAAAUACUGACCCAUCCAAUUAUAAUAGAUUAAUUUAAUAAAACAUCGAUCUAUAACAUUUUCCACAAAGAAGUAUAUUAAAAUUUCCCAAUAAACUGUUAUAAAAAGAUUUAUAAAA